GUUCCAGCAUGCUUUGCGCCGCACGAACCAAAACAGCUGCUACUGUUGUUAUUAGUUAAUUACAGUGAUGAUGACACACACAGAGGAGGAGGCAUGAAGAGGUGCUUUACUGUCACUGCACAGGCAGCUUCUCAGGUCUGCACAGCCCUCUGCCUGCCUGAAGGAGUCAGUAUGCUUCAAACGAAACAGGUGGCCAGGCAUGCAGAGGCUGCGUGUGAGUUAGUGACUGGGAGAGAAACUGUAAUUUCCAGGGAGAAGCGGAGAACUGGCUCAGUAGCGGCACAGCCUCGGGCCUUACACACAGCUCCUUUACCCAAUCCUCAGAGGAGCUGCCUGUAACCAGAACGAUACCUGACAGGCGAAAAGAAAAAGAGAGGCCAUGCAAUGACAGUGCUGUUCAGUCUCAGUGGGGCUGAGCGAAAGUGACCUCGCAAUCGACUGCUAAUACAACUGUCAGCGCCUGCUGCCCGCCAAGGCACACCGUGGUUUUAUGUCAUGGAGUUUGCAGAGCUGAUAAAGACACCCAGGGUGGAUGGGGUUGUCCUGCAUCGGCCUUUCAUGCCCACUGUGGAGGGGACCCUGUGUUUGACUGGUCAUCACCUGAUUCUCUCCUCCAGACAGGACAACACAGAAGAGCUGUGGCUGCUUCACUCCAACAUUGACUCCAUAGAGAGGAGAUUUGUGGGGUCUCUGGGAAGCAUCAUAGUCAAAUGCAAAGACCUAAGGGUGAUCCAGCUCGACAUCCCUGGCAUGGAGGAGUGUCUCAACAUUACCAGCUCAAUUGAGGCUCUGUCCACGCUUGAUUCACUCUCCCUGAUGUACCCUUUCUUCUACCGGCCCAUGUUUGAAGUCAUAGAAGAUGGCUGGAAAUCCUUUCUUCCAAAGGAUGCCUUUAAAGAUUUGGAGUCCAUGACAGAUGAGUGGAGACUGAGUGAAGUCAACAAAGACUUCAGUGUGUGUCCAUCAUACCCCCCUCUAGUGGCAGUGCCCAAAGAUGUUGAUGAUGACACACUGAGGAAAGCAGCUACCUUCCGUCACAGUGGCCGUUUUCCAGUACUUAGCUACUACCACAAGAAGAAUGGCAUGGUGAUGAUGCGAGCGGGGCAACCGCUGACGGGCACCAACGGGCGACGGUGUAAGGAAGACGAGAAGCUGAUCAACGCCACCCUGCGGCCAGGCAAACGUGGCUACAUCAUUGACACACGCACCAUCAGUAUUGCCCAGCAGGCCAAAGCUCGAGGUGGAGGAAUUGAGUCUGAGGCUAACUACCCCCAGUGGAGGAGGAUCCACAAGGCAAUCGAAAGGUCUAACAUCCUCCAGGAGAGUCUGAUAAAGCUGGUAGAGGCGUGUAACGACCAGUCGCACAGUAUGGACCGCUGGUUAAGCAAACUAGAGGCGUCCAACUGGCAGACUCAUGUCAAAGAGAUCCUCACCACUGCCUGCCUGGCUGCCCAGUGUAUCGACAGGGAGGGAGCGUCGGUGCUCGUUCACGGUACAGAGGGGACAGACUCCACCCUGCAGGUGACCUCUUUGGCUCAGAUCAUUCUUGAUCCGGCUUGCAGGACCAUCAGGGGCUUCCAGGGCCUGGUGGAGCGAGAGUGGCUCCAGGCGGGUCACCCGUUCCAGCAUCGCUGCGCCCAGUCGGCCUACUCCAACAGCAAGCCUCGUCAAGAGGCUCCCGCCUUCCUGCUCUUCUUGGACUGCGUGUGGCAGAUCCUUCGCCAGUUUCCGUGCUCCUUUGAAUUCAGCGAGAGCUUCCUGGUGCUGAUCUUCGAACACGCCUAUGCUUCUCAGUUUGGCACCUUCCUGGGCAACAGUACAGCUGACAGAGUCAGACUGUCUCUGCCUGAGAAGACUGUGUCCCUUUGGUCGUGGGUGAACCGGCCUCAAGAACUGGAGCGUCUGACCAACCCGCUCUACGAGGCCAACAGUCUCGUGAUCUGGCCCUCCGUGGCCCCUCAGAGUCUGCUGCUGUGGGAAGGAGUGUUCCUUCGUUGGAACCGCUCCUCCAAGUGUUUGGACGAGGCCUACGAGGAAAUGGUGCAUAUAAUUGAAUACAACAAGGAGCUUCAGAACAAAGUAAACAGCUUGCGCAGGCAGCUGGCCCAGCUGGAAACUGAAGAUCCUCUGCUGCAGACGCCAUAGAGACAGAGAGAGAGAGAGAGAGAGAGAGAGAGAGCUGCGAGGUGGAAGAAAAAGGUAGAAAAUGUGAACAUAUUACUAAUUACAAAAACAGAUCAAUGUCGGUUAAGUUUGAAUUAUUUUCACAUGUUUGAGAAUAUAUCAUUCAAACAAUUAUAAUUUAGGAUUUUGUACAUGACUGAUGAGGAAACAUGGAACGGCCCUAAAAAAACAGAUUCAUUUCAAAAUCAGCCUCUCUCCGAUUUUCCAUUCAUGCCCUCAUCUUUCACACAGCUUACAUGACUAAAUGGACUGACGCGUUACAUUCAUAAAAACAUAAUUUUUUAGCUAAUUUUUUACCACGUUGUGUCAUUGAAACUGAGCAGGAGUGAGAGGGGAAAGAUACGAGGAAAACUAAAACACAGUCAGUUAUUUCUCCGAGUGCUUGCUCAUCAUCUCAUCUAAUACCGAGCUGAAACAAAUUAAUCAGUCAAUCGUCCAAACUAUUUAGAUAAUAAAUUCAUAAUUUCAGUAAUUUUUCAAGCAAAUGUGCCAAACUUUUGCUGAUUCCGAUUUCUAAAAUGUGAGAAUUUGCUGCUUUUCUAUGUCAUAAAUCACUGUAAAUUUCUUGUCUUUGUGUUUUGGGACUGUUGGUCGAACAAAACGACCAAUUUGAAAAUGUCACCUCGGGCUCUGGGACAUUUGGAUGGGCAUUUAUGGACACUGAAAGAAAAAUAGUGUUAGCAUUACAUUGAGAAAAAAAAACCCAGACUAAACUAAAGCAAACUCACUUGUCUUUGUACUGAAAAUUGAGAAUACCGAUCACAAUUAUCCCAUAAUAUCACAGAUAUUUGAAAGAUGAGCAGACUUAGAAGUGAAAACACUCACAAAGGUUAAAGGCAGGUCACACCUUUGCAUGGAAAAUCGUUAUCCUACACAGGAAUGUGUCAUUGUAUGUUCUCCAAAUACUUGUCUACACUGCACUGUGUGUACUGUUCAGUUCUUUAAAUUAGGCGUUGGCUUGUCAGCUGAUUUCACAGCUGCUACAUGUCUCAUCGAACCCCCACGUCUCACACCCGCUGAUUUAUUCACAUAUGAACAUUCAGUGAGUGAGUCCAUUUUCCUCCCCCAUGUGUUUUAAUAGAUGUACUGUAUAUGUGGGCAUUGAUCUCGUUCAGGACGGUAUGUAUAUACUACAGGGUACACGUUUUCACCGAACAUCCUGCUGAAUGUAUACGCCACUGAAGCACUGCAGAGUAACUAUGGCAACAUAUAGGUUGCCAUAAGGCAGCAUGUGACUUUGCUGCACGAUGAGAUGAUAUAAUAAGCGUAGGUAGGGAGGGUCAGCACCUACUGUACUGUAUAAUGAGAGGGGAAGGUUGUUUAAUAAGGAUCUGACCAAAAUAUCUUUAUCUGAUCGUUACUUGACAUUCCAGUAAGGAGCACGGCUAGGAAAGACUUAUUUAAUACAAACUUAUAUAACGUUUCGCUUGCCUGGUUAUGUUUUUUUUUCAAAUAUCAUUACGCAUAAUAGUAAAAGUGGUCAAAUAUGUUUGAGCGUACGAGGGUCUUGUAAUGUUGGCCAUGUUGGUCGUAUGAUUAUUAACAAGACUUUACAGAGCUGACGGAGGUUUGAAAAUGAAUGUGAUAUAUUGCUUCAAAGAGCAAUAGAUAUUUUGGUUAUUAAAGUUAUAUAAUAAUUGUUACCUUAAGUACAUUAUUAAACAAAAUACACAUCUGCUGUUUUGUAGAUAAAGAUCCAAAACAAAUGCACUUUGUGUGAAAGGCAUAUACAAUAUCAGAAAUUGUAAUUAGCAUCAUUUUUGUUGUCAGUACUCAUCAGCUGUCGCCAUAUUGGACAAUAAAUGUCUUAAUAUUAAAUGAGAAAACAUGCCAAUAUAUCAACAAACUCAAGCUACUAGACUUAGGUCUGUGCAGAUGGCACAAGCAGUGUGUCACAGAGUCAUACAUCCACCUCAGUGUCAGUUUCUCGCAUGCGAAGUGAUCCUUUUCUCACCAACGCAGACUCAUUCGAGCAUUACAUUCGCAGUCAUUAUAGAAGCAGCUAAACGUGUUUAAUACAAUGAACGGAAUUCUGUUGGCAUGGUGACAUUAAAGCUCAAAUUUCAAUGCUGUCCCUGGGUGAUGUUAGCUCCAUUAGCGUAAUAUUAUUAAAAAAAACGAUAUGCUGCACUUUAAAUACAGUUGUGGGUUUAAAUUAAAUCCAAAGUGGUCAUCAUUGGCCAGUUUUGUUUGUUUUGCCAGUAAAACAUUGCAUUUUCUCUGCUUGUGUCCAUGUCAUCUUCAUACAUUUAAUCUAAGAAUGAUGUAAUAAUCACACUAAACUAAUUCCAGCCACUACAUUAAACUGCUUUAUAAAGGGAAAGUUGUUUAUAGCCGUGCCAUGUUACAUGUUUUCCUGUUGCCAAAAAAAAAGACACCUUACCUACCGUUGCUUUGUGUGUGCAUGAAUGGAACAAUGCAUUCAAUCGAGGUAACGGUGUGAUUUACAAUUGUGGAAAAUUUCCUAUGCUUGCAUUAUUCAUAAUGUUAUCCUUAAAUGAUCGUUGCUUUGUCAGAGUCAACAAAACUCGACUGUGUUUGUGCAAUGCCUUACUGCAAAAUCUGAAUUCAAAAUAAAGUGCUGUUAUCACUGCUGAUCUGUAAAAUUAUAUAAUUGUUCAAAAGAUUAAAUGUUUUUAUUUAAGUUUUCAAGCCAUUAAAAAUUAUAGCACACAGAA